AUGAGGGGCAACUACCUGCUCAUAUAUAAAGGCGUCGACAAGAGUGAAAGAGCACACGCCGGCGUUGGAAUGUUGGUUCAUAAGAACCUCAUUGAUAAUAUCAUUGAUAUCGAUUAUAUAAGCGAAAGGAUCCUAAAAGUUAUCAUCUACUUAGGCCGAGAAAAAUUAAAUCUGAUAUCAAUUUACGCGCCAGAUACGAGUAGAGGGAAGCCAGAGCGAGAUACGUUUUAUGAGUCUUUACAAAAAGUCAUCGACACAAUACCAGCUCGGGAAAAGUUAGUCAUGAUGGGUGACUGGAAUGCUCGUGUUGGGAAUAAUGUUGUACCUGGGAUCAAAAAUAGAUUCAAUGAGCCCACCUUGAAUGACAGCGGUGAGGAACUCAUUGAGUUUUGCGCCAUAAAUGAAUUGAGGAUUAAUAACACGUUUUUUGAUCACCCGUUACAACAGAAAAUUACCUGGACCAAUCGGAGAGGCCAAGCAUCGAUGAUUGAUUUCAUCAUCAGUAAUCGGCAUGUACAUCCACAGCAGAUCCUAGAUGUUCGCACCUUGUCAUCCGCAGAUGCUGGCGUCGCGACUUUUUUUUCGGAGCAUGUGCCCUAUUGGGACGAAGUGGUCAAUUCGGAUGAGAAUGAACACAGAGUUGCCAAAAAGUUCUCAGCAUUUAUAUUCGGUCUUCUCAUAGGACUAUUGCUUUACGAAAUCAUCGUGGUUGACUUGCAAUUCGAUGCGCUGACUGCUUAUGUAUUGGGAGCAAGUAUUAGUCUAAUAUUGGCCUUCGGAAACGCCAUUUCUUCGCAGAUUCGUUGCAUGACAUUGCUGUCCUUGCCAAGUUUUUGCGGAGGCUCAGGGCAAAGCGUUGUUCAAGCUCUGAUCGUUGCUUAUUUGAUUGCUGGUCCCGUGACUAAUUUGGCGGUAAACAGCAGAGAAGUGGUCAGGGUCUUCGCAUGUUCAACGGAACUAACGUAUAAUCUAACGAAAACCAGAUUCAGCCUCAUGUUCAAACCUUUCAAGACUGCUAUAUCCCAAAUGCGUGCGGACACGACUGGUGUCAAAGACACGUUGUCAUCCAUCAGGGACAUCAUGAGCCCGAUAAAGCAGGAGUUGGAGGGAGACGAGGAGGUCAAGGAAAUUAUAGAGGAUAACGACUACAUCAACGCUGGAACGGAGGAGUCUAUCUGGAGAUUGGAGGAAAUCGAGAAACUGUACAACGAGUCGCUAGCAAAAUCUCGCGGGGAAGCCAUCGAGACUAAGUACAUUCGGAAAUUGCACGCUCGCUGUGAGGGUAUGAUUACACAAGCUGUAGCUAAAUGCAAAAGAGUUUUUGCGAAUUCUUUCGACACGUGUUGGGAAAAACUUCACUGGGCUGUCAAGUGGGCCUUGUGCUGGCCUAUGAAACUGGAUUUCAUCUGUAACGUUGGCAAAGUUUUUGGGAACGAGAGUGUAUGCGAUCCAGGUAAAAUCAUCGCUCCGGGAUUCGGAAGUAGUUUUCAAUACAUGGAAAAGUCUGUGUAUGAAUUUAAAGAGGGCUUCAGAAAAGUUCAAGUGCAAAUUCAAAUUGACAAGGCGACUAAAUUAGUUGAAGGGGUUCAAGAUGCAUACAGUGCAGCACAAGCUGUCCAACAAGAGUUUCAAGUCAAACAGAGAGUUGCAAUGUUUUUCUUCAAACUGACGAACAUAAUUUUGGCCUUCUCUUUCCUUGCCGUGAUCCUUCGAGUAUCUGCUUACAUGACAAAUUAUUUGACCAGUAUCGAAUACGAUAAUGUGUACAUCACCAGAUACUUCCGCAAAAUCGACGCAAGGAGACGUAGGCAAGGUCAUCACACGUUGCUACCUUUAAAAAAACUUGAGCGGAAGAAAUAUAUCGAUUUGUACAACCUGAGAAUCACUCCCAAGGAGAGGUGGACACUGUAUGCCUCUUGGCUGAGAACGUUCCUGGAAUUUUUGUUCGCUUCAUCUAUAAUAUUCAUCGACUUUCUGUUUUAUGAGGCAUUGAAAAUUGUCGAAAGUCAGUCUCGAAUCGAUUACGUCCAAGAAGGGCAUCACUACUUAUACUUAAGUAUUGAGGGAACAGGAAUGAUUGCGAGCUUGAUCAGAUCCGUAGUGAGAGGAUUCAAAGUAAAUAAGAAAAUAAAAAAAGUGUUUUCUAAUGAGGGCAUAAAAUUUAAAAGAGAAAAGAGGAGAAUCCUGUUCUUAUACAAUGAACUUCUGCGCAAGAGACGUGCGUUCUUCCGAUACAGGCUGGCUAAAGUGAAGAAACUUGCUGCAGAAAAUAAAUUGAUGGAAGACUUUAAUCUCAUUAUCAUGCUUAGAUUAAGAUUUCCUAAGCUGUUUGGAUGGCUUGCAGACUUUAAAAUAGGGCAAAGGCAUUGUUUGAUAUGCAAUGAGGCAGAACAUGAGGGUGCCUCGAUAUCCUGUGGUGAUCCAAUGUGCCAAUACGUCUUCUGUGCUGAGUGCUGGGAAGAUGUGCAGCACGUCUGUUACGGAUGUGCACCAGUCAAAAUAGAGGCUCAUGAGGCGCACGAUGCUCAUUCCGAAGUUUUCAAUACUGAACUAUCAGACUGA